AUGGCAGAUCGGAACUACAAAUCCUACCAACUCUUCGGCCCGACCAACCGCCUGGAAAGCAACUUGCGGAAGGGUGACUACUGGACUCCAAAUUCAGAGCGUGUGCCUCGCCAAGGCAACACAAGCAGCGUCCCUGCAGCCCCGUCGAACGCGCACGACAACCCCUACAUCGACCAAAGCACAGAGGAACAUGGAGAAGGUGGCCACAGACUCCCUAUCGUAUACGACCGCGAAAUUGAAAGCCUGAUAGGACGGACUAUCCGCGCCUACCGUCUCGUAGUAGAUUAUGAGCGGGCUUGUCCAAUCGGCCGCCGCUGGAUACCCGAGCACAUCAGGAUGAUCCAAGAAGCGGGCAAGUAUCUUGAAUCUGACCGUGUCGUCCUAAACAGUUUGCGCGCGACGCUGGCUCGCGGCGGUGAUGCUGUUCCUGUUGGCAAGAUUCGCGCAAAUGCACACGAUCUUCGCGACUAUUGCCGGGAGAUCUUGGAAUUGAUCAAGGCUCAUGAGCAAUUCCCCUUGAUUGAUGGUCGUGCUGUAGGUGUACAGUUUCGAGACCAUUUUGCAGAGGCUGAAGGUGUUAAGAGUAUUCAGCAUGACGCUAGUCGUGAGCGGAGCGAAACACCUGUUAGGCUUCGUGAUCGGAGUUCUCUUGCGCAGCCUGACAAGUACAUCGGUAGCGGACGACGUGGAGAUGGACGGGGCUUUGGUGGCGGAUACGAUUCAUGGCGACCGACAUGA